AUGGAGUUUGGGGAAAGGAAGAGGAGAAGGAAGUCACAGAGCUUUAAACUGGUCACGGAUGAAGAUUAUGACCCUGCAUAUAUGAUGAAUUCCAGCUGUAAAGAUGUCAAUGGAGAGCCUAAGGAUGCUGCUGUGCCUGAUGUAGUUUGGCUGGGGGACGAGGGCAUGGAGAUCAAGAGACAAAUCACAGGAAUGAUGAGGCUUCUGAGUGAUAAGACCAGCAGGGUAUAUCAGCGUGUGGGGACAGAGCAGGACAGCUUAACAAAGGAGCCCCAGGAUAGACGUCUGGCUUGGGUACAUCAGCCUGUACCUUUGUCUCUUGCCUCAGAGGACCACCAGAGCAACAGCUGGAACUCUGCAGGGGACCCAGGGCCUUCACCUUCAUCCAUAUCCACCCCCAUCCCCAACGGUCCAGGCUGUGGCCAAUACAGCACCCGCUCCAAAGCCAUGAGGAUCCUCAACAACACGAAGGAUUUAGUCAAAGUGAAAGAGGCUAACGCAGAUGUAGUGCCUCCUGCUGUGCCAGAAAAUCCGUGCUGUAUGUGUAACUGUAAGGGGACCUUGCAGGCUAUUUUGCAGGAACUGCGUGCCAUGAGGAGGCUAAUGCAGACUCAAAAAGCGUCCUUGGAAAGGCAGGAACAGACUGCAUCACCAUGCCAACCUCGUCUUGGUCCAGGACCUGCUCCUCAUCGCAGGCCCCGCAAGAGGAGGCCAAUUUAUAAAGUGGCACCACUGACUGUGUCUAGUUCUAGAAGAGCUGGUCUUACCCCUCUGGAGGCAUCUCCACUUAUAGUUGCACCUGCUGAAUCUGGAAAGAGGGAGGAAUCUGAGAAAGAGCAAGACUCAUCCACAGCCAACAGUCAUUCCGUCUCCUCUGAGGUUUCUGUGCUGCCAUCUCAGAACAAUCCAGUAACUGUCAGCAACACUCACAGCCCUCUCCUGAACCAAUUAAGGGAACCUCAGUCAUUAGAGUCUGAGGUGCGUCUUGCAGAGGAUUAUGACGUAUUUAUCUCAAAGGCUCAGCUAGACUCCAUUCUUGUCAACUAUACGCGCUCUGGGAGCCUGCUGUUCCGGAAGCUGGUCUGUGCCUUCUUUGACGAUGCUACCCUGGCUAACUCCUUGCCAAAUGGUAAAAGAAAGAGAGGACUGAAUGAUAACCGUAAGGGCUUGGACCAGAACAUUGUGGGUGCCAUUAAAGUGUUUACAGAGAAAUACUGCAUUGAGCACAGAAUAGAGAAGCUGCCUGGACCACGAGACUGGGUUCAGAUCCUUCAAGAUCAGAUCAAACUUGCAAGGAGGAGGCUGAAAAGAGAUGCUGCAGAAGCAGAAGAAGUCUUAAAUGGACCUUCAACAAGCUGCGACUAUAACAAGCCUGCUAGCGUGGAAGGGACAAUGGUGAACAUGACUGGUUGA